UGCUUCAGACAACACCAAUUUCACAAUGGGCUCCAUCAGUGCAGCAAAUGCAGAAUUUUCUUUUGAUGUAUUCAAAGAGCUGAAAGUCCACCAUGCCAACGACAACAUCUUCUAUUCCCCCCUGAGCAUCAUUGCAGCCUUGGCCAUGGUUUAUCUGGGAGCAAGAGGUAACACUGAGCAUCAGAUGGAGAAGGUUCUUCACUUUGACAAAAUUGCAGGACUUGGAGGAACUAUUCAGACCAAGGUACAGAAAUCUAAGUGUGGCAAGUCUGUGAAUAUCCACAUACUGUUUAAAGAACUUCUCUCUGAUAUCACCACACCAAAAGCCAAUUAUUCACUCCACAUUGCCAACAGACUCUAUGCUGAAAAGACAUGUCCAAUCCUACCGAUCUACUUAAAAUGUGUGAAGAAACUGUACAGAGCAGGUCUGGAAACGGUCAACUUCAAAACAGCAUCAGAUCAAGCCAGACAGCUCAUUAAUUCCUGGGUGGAAAAUCAGACAAAUGGACAGAUCCAAGAUUUCCUUGAACCAAGCUCUGUGGAUCUCGAUACUGUGCUGGUCCUUGUGAAUGCCAUUUACUUCAAAGGGAUAUGGAAGAAGGCAUUUAAAGAAGAUGACACUCAAGAAUUUCCCUUCAGUGUGACAAAGCAAGAAAGCAGACCUGUGCAAAUGAUGUGUCAGAACAGUACCUUCAAAUUGGCGGUGCUGGCUGCAGAGAAAAUUAAGGUCCUGGAGCUUCCGUACGCCAGCGGGGAGCUGAGCAUGUUGGUGCUGUUGCCCGAUGACAUCUCUGGCCUGGAGCAGCUUGAGAACAAAAUCAGCUUUGAAAAACUUACGGAAUGGACCAGUCCCAAUGUGAUGGAAAAGAGGAGAGUGGAAGUGUACCUCCCACGCAUGAAGAUUGAGGAAAAAUAUAACCUCACAUCUGUCUUAAUGGCCUUGGGUAUGAGCGACCUGUUCAGUCCUUCGGCCAAUCUGUCUGGCAUCUCUUCAGCAGAGAGCCUGAAGUUAUCUGAGGCCAUCCAUGAGGCAUACAUGGAAGUCAAUGAAGAAGGCACCGAGAUAGCAGGCUCAGCGGAGGUGAUGGGAGACAUCAAAGACUCCUCUGAGUCUGAAGAGUUUAGGGCUGACCACCCUUUCCUUUUCUUGAUCAAGCACAAUCCAACCAACAGCAUCCUCUUCUUUGGUAGAUAUUGUUCCCCCUAA